ACAAAAAUUUAAACAAAGCCAAAAAAAAGUCUGCUGGUUUUCUUCUCCGCAGAAAAAAAGAAAGCUCUGGAAGCCCCUAGGAAUUGAAUUCCUAACUGUGAGAUGCGAAAGAGCCUGAACUGCGUUCUUCUGUUGUGGUGAAUUUCAGUGCUGUGGCUGGAGAUUUCUCGGCUGGAUUUUUGUCUCGGUAACUUUCGGAUUUUCCCGGAGAAUUUGUUAUUCAGAUAAAAGCGGUCAUAUAACUUGAGGUAUGUCUUUUUUUGUGUAUAUGGUCUGCAGAGAAGCAUUUUGAGGAGAUAUAUUGCAAAGGAUAAAUGACACUAGAUCAAGCGGUUGCGUAUGCGUUCAAUGGUGGAUAAAAUAUCUCAGAGCAAUGUCAAAAAUCUGCAUGCUUGAGUUAAGGUGAGCUGGAGGAAAUGUGGCAAGUAUCCAGUACCAUGGUUGGUGGCAGAUCUUGGUGAUAAGUGGAGAAUGUGCCUUCAUAUAAUGUGAAAUACUCUAUACUGUAUUGAUGAUAUCACUUUUUGAACUUUGUUUGAUGUUUUCAUCGCCAUAUUAGAUGUUAUUUCUGGUUGAGUUUCACUUUCGUACACAAAUCUACUUUUGGUGUGUCCUUGUAGCAUAAUCUUGUAAGCAGGCUAUUACGCAAUCCGAGUUGAAAAGAGCUAGGGGUGAAGAAAUGCCUUGGUAAUUAUUAAUAAGACUCCAGAGUCACUACGCUUUGAAUAGCUUGUUGUUGAUUGGUGGUGAGUGUGGCUGAUGUUACUGUCAAUGUGAAGCUACAGUACACGUUAAAUGAUUGAAGAUAACGUGUGGGAUGGAUUUGGUGAAAAUGAUCAUAUAGUGGCCUUAUCUGGUGAUGAACAUACGGAUCAGUUUGCAAUAGAGGCUGACGGUAGUAAGAAACAACGUCUGGAAUUUCAUGGAAGAAAUAAUGCUGGAAGAGGGGUCAUGGUCUCAUCAAAGUGAAGGUGUCUUUCCUUCACGUGAUAGUGAGGCAUGUAAAGAAGUGAAAAGACCAUCAUCAGAUGAUACAAGGAUGUCAGGUCAUCAUUAUAAGAGUAGCAAUAUAGAUUCUAUUGACAGUGAGCUUUGCAUGGAUGACACUGUGCUCGGAGAUAAGUGUGUGGUGGAAGAUGAUAGUGUGUGUGAAUACCCAAUCAACCACAUAUCCGAAGCUGACAAUGAACUUAGCUUUCUUGACAAUGAUGGGUGGCUGGAUAUAGGGAACUUUGAAGACGUUGACAGGAUGUUUAGGAGUUGUGAUUCUACUUUUGGAAUGGGAAGUCUAAACAAUGAAGAGGAGUUCUGCUGGCUUUCCUCCUCAAACGGCACUGAUGGAUCUGAUGAUGUAUCAAAAUGUACAUUUAAGUUAUCAGGAGCUGAACCGAGCCUAUUAAAAAAUACAUCAGAUAAUGACACAGACUCUAAGGCCGGUACUGGUGGUCUGUCAAUCAAUGAUUCCAAUAAGAAAGCAUCUUCGUUCAAUAAAAAAUCGAGGACCCGGAUGGAUGUGGAUGAUUCAGUCCCUGCUUCAUCAUCAGUGCUCAGUGAAUCAGACAUUAAAUCUGGUGGCAUUGAUGACUCAAUGCCUAAAGAAAAGAGGAAACUGUCAAAGCCAUCAGAAGGAAGAAGGAAAAGCGAAUACCUAGAAAACGGUAAUGCUGUUUAUCCUUGUGCUCCAUUAAAGCAAUAUGGAGAUGUAAAGGAAACUUUUGGAGCAUCUUCUGGCAAAGUUAGUUCUCAAGUUAGCAUCCAGAAACGUAAACCAAACAAUGAUUCUGAUUCAUUAGGAUGCUUACAAACACAUGUUAACCGGCCACACCCAGGGUAUACUGAUUUUUCAAGUAAUACUGCCCUCCUUCCAGCUCCAUCCGGAUCCAGAUCUGAACACAAUAGCCUUCCAUCUCCUUCUCUUAUAGAAUCAUCUUAUGCUUCAAAUGUGGAGAGCUCUCAAGCUCAUUCUUUGGAGGCUGCUGCUUUGAUAGCAAAUGAAAAGAGAGAAAGAUUAUAUCAUCCCAAUGCUGCACAACCAUUGACUAAGAGUUUCAAAAUUGAAAAUAUGGCAGGUUCAUUGCCAUGUCAAAGUCCAGUUUCAGCUCAGCAGCUAGUGCAUCAGUUUGAAAAUGAGAAUGAAGGCCACAGUGAAGUUGAUGGAGUUAGUGUAGGAUUUUCACAAGAAACAGAGUCCUCAAAUGUACAGGAAAUCUCAUCAAUGAGCUCAGUGGAUGAAAUCUCACUUGAAGCAAGCUUUCGCCAACUGCAAUUGGUCAUGGAUCAGUUAGACAUAAGGACCAAACUGUGCAUAAGGGACAGUCUAUACCGCCUGGCUAGGAGUGCUGAACAAAGACAUAACUAUGCCAAAGGAAACGGUAGCAUUGGAGAGAAUAUUGAGGCCUGCAAAGCGAUGAUGACUCAAGAUGUGAGCGGGUGUUCUGGGUUUGUGGACAUGGAAACUGAUACCAAUCCUAUUGAUCGGUCUAUAGCACACUUUUUGUUUCACAGACCUACUGAUUCGUCAGUGAUGCCUCCUAGUGAAAAGUGAUACCAGCUUUGGCAUUAUUUUUGUGUAGAAUGUGUAGCUUCAAGUAUAUAUGAAAAUGUACUAAUAUUUGGGGCCUACUGAGACGCCUAAUUUACAUUUUUUUCCUUUUAGCCCUGUGCACUGGCAUUAAUGUAUAUUCUGCUGAUAAUCACAAUAUAAGUUAGCUGCUAAGCGUGCUUCAGCUCAUUGAGUAUACCAGAUUUAUUUGUAUUAAAGUUUGUGACUGUUGUUUAUCUA